AUGAGUGAUGAUGAUGGAUUAAUGCUUAAUUUUGCUAUUCCUGAUAAUGGCACAACUACGACUGCCAAUACACAAUCAAAAAAUGUGAAAGUACGAGGAGGUAGAUGGAAAGAUAGAAGAAUUUUAAAACUAGAAUUAGAGGGAAGACCAAAAGAGAAAAAAGUAAAAGGACCAAAUAGUAUACCGAUUGAUGCAAGUAGGAAAAGAAGAAUGGAAGAGAAACCAUCAAAACCAAAAAGUUCACAAUCAAAUCCAACAAGUGAAUUUAAAAGAGCAAAAUUUACAGAAACAAAAGGAGAACAUGGAGGUAAAAAUGAUUCAUAUGUAUCUUCAUUGUUUACAAACAAUACAGCAUCAACUCAAGAAGUACCAGAAGAAUCAAAAGAAGAAACCAAAACAUAUUUGCCAUCAAAUGCACCAGAUAAAAAUGCAACCUCUUUUGCUGGUUUAGGAAUAAAUGAAAAAUUAUCCAAACAUUUAACAGAUCAUCAACGUUUCAAAUAUCCUACAAAGAUUCAAAAAUUAGUAAUACCCAAUUUAUUAGUGACUGAAAGAGAUUUAUUUGUAAAAGCACAAACUGGUUCAGGUAAGACUAUGGCUUUUAUAUUACCUAUUUUCCACAAGUUGAUGAUGGAAUAUAAACAUAAAAUUGGUAGAGAAUCCGGAUUAUUUGCAAUUAUUUUAACACCAACUAGAGAAUUAGCUAAUCAAAUAUAUUCAGUAUUGGAAAAUUUAAAUAGAUGUUACCCAUUUUUAGUACCUGGGAUAGUUAUUGGUGGAGAAAAGAAAAAAAGUGAAAAAGCAAGAUUAAGAAAAGGUGUAAAUAUAUUGGUUGCAACACCAGGUAGAUUAGCUGAUCAUUUGGAAAAUACUAAAACAUUAGAUAUAAGUCAAUUACGAUAUUUAGUACUUGAUGAAGGUGAUAAAUUAGUUGAAUUGGGAUUUGAAGAAACUAUUUCUAAAAUUACCAAAAUUAUAGAUGAUAAUUCCAAGAUUGACGAAACUAAAGAUAAAUGGCAAGGAUUACCUACUAGAAGAAUUAACAUUUUGUGUUCUGCAACUUUACAAAAUAAUGUUAAACAAUUAGGAAAUAUUAUACUAAAUAAUCCUGAAAUGAUAUCAGUUGAUAGAGAAGUUGAAGGUACGAUAUUAUUUGAUGAUGAUACAACUGGAGAAGUUCAAACCAAUAAUGAACAUGAAUCUUUUGCUCCAGAUCAAUUGAUACAGAGUGUUUUGAUCGUACCUCCGAAAUUAAGAUUAGUUACAUUAGAUGCAUCAUUAGUCAAUAUUGCAAACAAAAUUGAACAAUCAGGAGAAUCUUCAAGAAGUAUUGUAUUUUUUUCAUGUUCAGAUUCAGUCAAUUAUCAUUUUGAUGUAUUUACAAGAGAUGGUAAGAAAUUCAAAAAAGUAAAAGAUGAAGAAACUGGAGAAACCAAGACAAUAUUGGUAUCACCUGAUGAUAGUGCAGAUGAAGAUCAAGAUGAUGCUGAAUUAACAUCACCAAUUAUUAAUAAAAACACAAUAAUAUAUAAAUUACAUGGUUCAUUAUCACAACAAACUAGAACUACUAUUUUACAACAAUUUAUAAAAGAUGAUCCAAAAUUCCCACAUAAAGUAUUAUUUUGUACUGAUGUUGCAUCAAGAGGGUUGGAUUUACCUAAUAUUUCAAAUGUUAUAGAAUAUGAUGCACCUUUCACUAUAGAUGAUCACUUACAUAGAAUAGGUAGAUCAGCAAGAGUUGGAGCAAAAGGUAAUGCAACAUUAUUUUUAUUACCAGGAUUAGAAGAAGGUUACAUAGAUGCAAAAUUAAAAAUAGUUCAUCCAAGAGAAGAAAACCUUCGAGUAACAAAAUAUGAAACCAUUUUAUCAUCAGCAUUUGGUGAAAAAAAUUCCACAACAAAAAAUAAAUUUGAUAAAUUAGGUAAUUGGGAUAUCCAUGCAACAACUUGGCAUCUUGAAGUAGAAAGAUGGUUAUUAGAAAAUUCAUCCGCUUUAGCAAAAGCAAGUCAUGCUUUCACUUCUCACAUCCGAGCUUAUGCUACUCAUUUAUCUCAAGAACGUAAUUUUUUUAACGUGAAAUUAUUACAUUUGGGACAUUUAGCUAAAAGUUUUGGAUUAAGGGAGACACCAAAGAAUUUAGGUAAGAAAUCUUCUAAAAAUAAUGAUAAAUUUGAAGAAUUGGAAAAUGGUGGUAAGAAAUAUAAAAAGGAAGAUCCAAGGAAGAAAAUGUUAAGGUUAGCUAAAUUGGCUGUUAACUCUACUAGUGAAUAUAAUUAUUAG